AUGGCGGCGCCUCCGGGGACUACGGCGCCGAGGCGUCGCAACAACAAUAUACCAGAUACCUAUCUUGAAUUGAUGAAGCCCGAUGAGAACUGGACAAACCUUCAGGAUUCAACAGAACGGAGGAAGAUCCAGAACCGGCUUGCGCAGCGGGCGUACCGACGAAACAUGCGGGAUCGCGCGAUUGAGGUCAAGAUGCUCAGGGAAGAGCUACAACGAAUGCGCGAGGGAGCUUCAAGUAACGAGCAAUGUCAAAGCAUCCGCGAAGACUCGGCUCCUUCCGUACAGACGCACACAUCGCCAGUUUCGUCCACUUCGUCAGAGGCGAAAAACACCCAAUGCAGUCCGACCAUUACGAUAGCUCCCAAAGAGGACAGCGCUGGAGUUAUCGACUCACAAUUAUUGACGCCUUGCACUAGGUUGCAAGAGGCCGAUUGGAUGGGCGGCUACUCUGAAGCAUGGCCAGAAUCCUGUGACGGAGCAGGUACGCUCGGUGAUGGCCCGUUCCAAGUGCCAAGCACUGCUACUGGAAUUCUGGGAGGCUCUGAGGUACCAACCGCGAUGCAUGUUCCAACUAGUGCAAGCUCAAAGUUCCCAGCGGCACGAAUUGGCUCCGUAUUGCCAUUAGUUGAACCUGACGUGAUGCAACGACCACGAAUGCCAGUGCCAUCGUGCCCCCUGUGCGGCAGUUGCCCGGUAGUAACGACCAAGGGCUAUGUACAUACUCGGGCUGUUGAUAGCCCCGGUAGAAAUGCUAGAUCAUUCAACGUGGACAAAUUAGUACGGCAGUUAGCUGCUGGUUCCAGCCAACCCAUACCAGAUGCAGGCGAGCCGCUCUUGCAUCUUGCUGUGGCGGGUGGUCACAUAGAUAUGCUUCAAUAUCUUUUGGAGAAUGGUAAUGUAUCAGUCGAUGCUCGCGACAGUGCUGGAUACACGCCACUGCAGCGCGCCGUGAUGACUGGCCGUACUGAUAUGGUGGCCUUGCUGCUCCAGGCUGGUAGCAAGAGGGACGAAUUUGGGGCAAGCAUGACGAGUUGGAGGCAUGUUAAAGGUGCAUAA